AGAUAGGUGGAAGAACAAAAACUUCUUUUGCUUUCCCUCGCAGGGGAAAUUCUUGUAACCUCCCCUGUUUCUGUUUUUCCCCUGUUUCUAUUUCCCUCGCAGUUCGAAGCUCGCCGAGGCUCUUUUGUAGGUCCUUCGGCCACUCGAAUCUUAAAAUCCUGCUUCUAGAUCACUUGUGAUAUCUGUCUCGAUCGGAAAAAUGAUUUGCUCAGCGAAGCAUUCUCCGGCGGCCUUCGCCUUCAUGCUCUACAAAUCCCCAUCUCUCCGGCCGCGAUCCUGCUCUGCUCUUCCUCCAAUCUCCUCCUCCUCCGAAAACCUCGAUUCCGCCCGUUCUUCCCGAAAACGUCUUUGCCUCACCCCUCUCGGAAGCUUCGGCUUCGGAUCCCGCGAUGGACACGUCCACGCCGCCGAGCCUCGGGGCCUCUCCUUCAAGCGCACGGCCUACGAGGCCAACAGUGCGGAGGGAAUUGCUCUCCCGAGCGAGGACGCGCGCACGGCCUACGAGUCCAACAGUGUGGAGGGCAUUGCUCUCCCGAGCGAGGACGCGCGCCCGGCGGCGGCCCAGAAGCUCAAGAUCGGGAUCUACUUCGCCACCUGGUGGGCUCUCAACGUGGUGUUCAACAUCUACAAUAAGAAGGUCCUCAACGUCUUCCCUUACCCCUGGCUCACCUCCACCCUCUCCCUCGCCGCCGGGUCCCUCAUUAUGCUCAUCUCCUGGGCCUCACGGGUCGCCGAAGCCCCCAAGAUCGAUCCCGAAUUCGUGAAAGCCCUCGCUCCGGUGGCGGUGGCGCAUACCAUUGGACAUGUGGCGGCGACGGUGAGCAUGUCGAAGGUGGCGGUGUCGUUCACUCACAUAAUCAAGAGCGGGGAGCCGGCAUUCAGUGUGUUGGUGUCGAGGUUUUUGUUAGGGGAGAGGUUCCCGGUUCCAGUGUAUAUGUCGCUGGUGCCGAUCAUCGGCGGUUGUGCUCUGGCCGCCGUGACGGAGCUCAACUUUAAUAUGACCGGUUUUAUGGGUGCAAUGAUAUCAAACCUUGCAUUUGUUUUCCGAAACAUAUUUUCAAAAAGAGGGAUGAAGGGGAAGUCAGUUAGUGGAAUGAACUAUUAUGCCUGUCUCUCCAUUCUGUCUCUGUUGAUACUCACACCAUUUGCAAUUGCCGUGGAGGGUCCGCAGAUGUGGGCUGCUGGUUGGCAGAUGGCUAUCUCACAGAUUGGUCCCCAUUUUGUCUGGUGGGUAGCAGCUCAGAGCAUCUUCUACCACCUGUAUAACCAGGUCUCCUACAUGUCACUAGAUGAAAUUUCUCCCUUGACAUUUAGCGUUGGUAACACAAUGAAGCGGAUAUCUGUGAUUGUCUCUUCCAUCAUAAUUUUCCAUACUCCUAUCCAACCCAUCAAUGCCCUUGGAGCUGCGAUCGCGAUUUUUGGAACUUUCUUUUAUUCUCAGGCUAAGCAGUGAAAGCUUCAACUAUUUAGAGGAUCCUGUCACUAGAUUGGUUUUCCAUUUAUUGUUCCUGAGUACCUUGUGCGGAGAUCAAUUUUGAACAGGCAGCAGCAUUAGCAGCAGCAGCAGCCCAUUGUAGAUAUACGAUCUAUGGAGAGUAACUAUAAUUAGUAGAAUAAGUUUGAUGUUCCGGUACCAUGAGAGUAGCCGAUCGUCAUGCAAAGAUGUUUGCAUUAGGAGUUAUGUAGCAUGGUAGCUUGAGAUAUAUUGGUACUGUACUGUUCUUUUUGCACCAUCUCUUUCCAAUCCACUGUGUAUGAUUCCUUUUCUCUGUAAUGAAAGGGCAAGUUGGAAUGUUGGCCGUUGGCAUGUACAUGCCUGAUUGCAGUAUACAGUUCCUGGAUUGGGACAAA